ACACUCACAGACAGACAUUGUGAGGCUCAAGCCUUGGUUAUAGUGCUGUGAUAGCUUGCUGUGAUGGACAGGUAGGCAUUAUUUGAAGUCAGCGUCCUAUUUUGACAGAAAUUAAUGCCAGAGCAGUACAGCCACACUGUGACAGUGAGACAUCAAUUUAAGGGCAGCCAGUGAAGCUGUCCAGUGAGGAAGAGGCAAAGAGAUGGUUUGAAGACUUCCAGAGCUCCUCAGGCUUCACAUGGCGAACUUCUAAAACUUACCCUAAUGCUGGGCAUCACAACAAGUAUCGAGUGGACCAAAGGUGCCAACAUAACACCUUUGGGUGCUUGAGCAGGACGAUGAACAAGAACAUUUCUUGCCCUGUUACUCUGUUCCUGUUUCUUGAAAAGGCAGCCAGAAUUUGGAGAAUGGAAGUCAAGGUUUAAUGCUACAAUGCAUAGUUUAAUGCAUUUAUUGAAAAGUUUGAUUUAAAAUGCUCUUAGAGCUUAAAAUAAAUAUAUUUACUAUGGCCAAAGCCCCCUGUAAAAUUAACAAAUAUAUCUUGCCCUAUGGCCAAAAUAGGCCAUAAUACUGAAUCUAUUCAGGAUUUCUAUAUAAAAAGAUAUUGCUUAAUGUAGUAUAUAAGCCAUUGAGAAUACCAAAGACAGUUCUUACAUAUGAAAUUCAGGCAAAAUUGAAAAAAUAAAAUCUCAUUGUUGUGCAAUAUAAAUGCACAACAAUGAGAUUAUCUUUGUGACUGAAAGCAUGAUUUGUUCUCUUGGAGCGAUAAUAAUCAAACUUCUAUCAGAAUCUUUGUUUUUGUGCUUCAUGCUAGACAGACACAGGUGUCUUACACUCAUUACUUUAAAUAAAAAACAGUAUUGGUGUAUUGAUAGAAAAUACAAGGAUUAUAAAGACAACAUAAGCCUCAUUCACCAUAGGUUCCAAUUGCAGCCAUUUUAAAACUGGACCCAUGAGGUAAGAUGGCUGCCAUAUUGUUCCAUCUCAGAACAGUCAUUAUGACACAUCAAAGGUUCUAUAUCUUUGUGACAUAUUUAUGGCAUCACAAUACAAUGGAAUGUGGAAUGUUGGAACUUUCAGUAAGCAGAGAGACUUUUCAUUGCGGUGAUUGAUCUCACACAAGACAGUCAGACUUCAGUAGCUCCAGUAGCGUCCGAAAGAAAGACAUAAACUGUUCCUUUCUGUUGAAGAACAAAGUUCAGUGUUAGAAAACUGAAUUUUCAGUGCAUCUGCAGUUAACAGCUUGCAUUGCCCGUUUCAUCUUCAACAAAAAGUUGACAAGUUGACAUACGGUAUCAUGGGACCUCAGCAACAGCUAACAGCAUCCCAGAAAUCAGCCCAAAUGAACUCAGUGGCACAGUUCUCAAACAGUGGUCUGCUCCAGGCCACUUAUGCCCUGAGAUUCAUUCAGAGACAGCUGGUGGAGCUGGCCAUGGACUGUGACGACACGGUCCAGAAUGGUCUGGUCAGCUUCCAAUACCUAGUGCAGCUGCAAAAUAAACUGGAGAAACUCCUCCAUGAGACCCGCUCAGUUUGCAGUCCUCCUCUCAGAAAACCAGUAGAGAGUGAUUUUGAAACCAUCAAGCGGGUCAGCUGUGGCGGCUUUGGGUCUGUAAACCUUGUGCGCCACACGCUCAGCGGUGAAGCUUUUGCCAUGAAAAUAAUAAAAUGGCAGAACUUCACCAGAAAAUCCGACAUCCGGCAGGUGUUGGCAGAGCGAGACAUCCUCACCUUCACCGAGAGUCCCUACGUUGUCUCGUUGUUUUGUUCACUUGACACACAGAGGGACGUCCGCAUGGUGAUGGAAUAUGUAGCAGGUGGGGAUUGUGCCUCCCUGCUAGAAGACUGGAAACGUUUUCCUGUGGAUAUGGCCAGGAUGUACAUCGCAGAGACCACCAUGGCUUUGGAGUAUAUCCACAGUUACGGCAUCCUCCACAGGGACCUCAAACCCAGCAAUUUGUUGAUCAGUUCCACGGGUCAUAUUAAGAUGACUGACUUUGGACUGGCAAAGAUCGGUCCAGUGCAAAUGACAGGAGACCUCCAAAUGGAACCUGUCGAGAGAAUCGUCCGUGAGUUCACUGAUAAAGAGGUAGCGGGCACCGCAAUCUACAUUGCUCCAGAAACCAUCCUGAAGCGAGGCUAUGGAAAGCCUGUAGACUGGUGGGCCUUGGGCAUCAUUUUGUAUGAGUUCCUGGUGGGUGAACCUCCUUUUAAUGGGGACACAUUCAAUGACCUCUUUAACCGGGUGGUCGACGACGAUAUCAGCUGGCCGGAGGGGGAGAAAGCCCCGCCCACUGACGCCCAGGACCUCAUCAGCCUUCUCCUGCGAAAGAACGCUAUUAUUCGGCUGGGUACAGGAGGAGCCGUUGAGGUGAAGGCGCAUCCAUUUUUCCAGGGUCUGGACUGGAACAACCUCCUAAGUCAGGAGCCUCUAUUUGUCCCCGAACUGAAGACUGAGGAAGACACCAGCUACUUUGACUCCCGCUCAGACUUGUGCAGCGAUGAUGAACAUAGCGAUGAUGAAUCACCUGUGGAACUCCCAGACUUCUGCUCUGUUGCCUUCCGCUUCAGAAAGGUUUACGGCAGCCCGAUGCACGUGUCCAUCUCCACCUUUAACCAGAGCCUGCUGCCAAGACUCAGCGAGGGGGAGGAGUCCAGCAGCGAUGAAGAGGAGUCGUCUGAGUGUGGCUAUUAUGAAGAGUCGUCGUCUGAGGAAGAGCUGGAGUUCAGUAGUGGUGAAGUGGUGUUUGAGUUCAUAUAUAAUGAAGAGGAGGAGUUUGAGAGCACUACUGAUGAAGAGGAGGAGUCUGAGUAUGGCUAUUAUGAAGAGUCGUCGUCUGAGGAAGAGCUGGAGUUCAGUAGUGGUGAAGUGGUGUGUGAGUUCAGAUAUAAUGAAGAGGAGGAGUUUGAGAGCACUACUGAUGAAGAGGAGGAGUUUGAGUAUAGAUAUUAUGAAGAGGAGUCAUCUGAGGAAGAGCAGGAGUUCAGUAGUGGUGAAGUGGAGUUUGUGUACAGAUAUGAUGAAGAGGAGGAGUUUGAGAACACUACUGAUGAUGAGGAGGAGUUUGAGGAAGAGCAGGAGUUCAGUAGUGAUGAGGAGGAGUUUGAGGAUGUUUAUGAAGGCAACAAGUUUGAUGAACUUAAUGAGGAAGAGAAGUGGGAUGAAGGUUUUGAGGAGGAGGAGAAUGAUGAGUUUGAUGAGUUCAGUGAGGAAGAGGACUCUGAGAACAUUCAUGAAAAGGAGGGAAACAAGGAUAAAGUUGAUGAGCAAGAGGAGCAGCAGCAACUUGCUCAACAAAACCAAGCCACACUGAGGAGGAGGAGGGGGAGGAGGAGGAGGAAGAGGAGGAGAGGAGGACGAAAGAAGGGGAGGAAGGGGAAGAAG